GUGCGCUGCCGGGCGCCGCGCUGCGCGGUGAUCGCUGUUGUGUUUUGCUGCCUGUGCCGCCCAUUAGUAUGCGGCGUGCGUAGCCUUGGUGCAAGGGAAUACGUCGGCGGUGCCACAUGUCCGAGUUGGGGGUCGAUGCGGAGCCUCUAAAUGGCACGGAGCGCUCCUCUGCCCCGCGUUUCAUUUCGCUCGGGGUUUUGUUUCCUCUCGCUGGGGAUUGAAACGUUUCUCCGCCGUUUUUUUCUUUCAUUAGCAGUCCCGGUGCGUGGCUCUGAGGUCUGAAUGGGCACUGCUUUGAAAUGUGCGCUGUCUGCUCUGCCUCGGGCUGCGCAUCUAAGGGCACCAGCCAUCGGUUUGCGGGGCGGUUACUGUGUCCAGGCGGUUCUUAAGAGCAGAAAUGCGUUUCUGACCGAAAUAAUAAGUCGGGUGUCAGAGUUGGGUGAAAAUUAUGGUGUAAUGAUAAGAGCCGAAGUUUAUCGCUUCUCUUUCCCUCUCCUCCUGCUUCGCCCCUGGGAUCCCAUUGUUCUUAAUGUUUUAAGCUUCUUGUGGGUGGCCGAGUGGCAAAAGGUGGGGAUCCUGUUAUCCGGAUUGUCAUUGAUUUACAGUUCACUUCUCUAAAACAGCUGGAUCACAACCUCGAGAGUGAGAGAACGGAAAUGUGCAGCUGCCUUACAAAGGGGACUGGGAUUCAUUAGGCUCCACUCUGAGCUCUGAUUCUGCACAUACGUAGGCAUGCAGUUUCACACGCUGGAGGUACCCGCCGAGUUCUGUAUGAUUACUGCUUCACCUCAGCCUUUGUGGGAUCGGGCCCGCAGUGCAGGCUCACUGGGUCUGGUUGAAGCCUGGCUCUCCAAUUUUCUGUCCAUAAUAAAAAAGUAUGUUUGGCCAUUUGUAACUGCUGGGAGAUGUUGUUAGAGCACUGUGAAAAAGACUGCGGCUCUCAUGCUGUAAAAUCCUAGACAGAGGUUUGUCAGUGAAUAGGAAAACGCUCUGUGGAGUAUUUGCAGUGUGUUAAGUAUGGCAUAAAUUAUACACAAAAUCGUAAUAUUUGACCGUGUAGACAGAGCUGCAAGUUUCAGUUCUCUGCACUCGCUUGGAGGUGUCUGUGUGUGAAGUCAGAGAGGAUGUGGGAUUCUCUCCCUCCGCGCUUUCAAAGUGUAAAUGGCCAAAAUGCAAUUUAGUCAUAAUACGUAACAGGGGAAUAGAUAUCAGAUAUGUCUUUGUAUCUCUAAGUCCAUCUAAGUAUAUGUUCCAGUCAAACAGAUUUUUUUUUUUCCUGCAAAAUUAGUCACAGAUGAAGUGAUUUUUUUUUUUUAGACCCUUUGUGCAAAUAUCACAACAUUCCAAAAUGCUCAGUACACAUCUUAAAGACGAGUCUGUGUGGCAGGUACCAGGAGUGACUUUCAGGAAAGUUUAUUUUGGCUGCAUGAAAAUGACUCUCAUUCACUCUUCUUCUGGAGGUGGUGACGGUGGAUUGGAUGGGUUAGGAGGACCAGGAGUACAGCUUGGAAGCCCUGAUAAGAAAAAGCGCAAAGCAAACACACAGGGAUCUUCAUUUCCUCCUCCAUCUGAAUAUGCUCCACCGCCGAAUCCAAGCUCUGACCACCUUGUAGCUGCAAAUCCAUUUGAUGACAACUAUAAUACUGUGUCUUAUAAACCACUUCCUUCAGGAAAUCCUUAUUUUAGUAAUCCUGGUUAUCCUGGCUUUGGAGGCUAUAACACUUUCAGAAUGCCACCUCACAUGCUGCACAGAGUGUCCGCGCCAUAUGGUGGUUCCUAUUCCCUCAGAAACCAACCACACCCUCUUCCUCAGAACCCUGUAGGAAUGGGUUUUAGUCGACCCCACUCUUUCAGCUUUGGUCCACAUGAUAGCCCAGGUUUUGCAAAUCAGCCACCUUACAGUGGCAGUCAGAUAAAUCAGAAUGUCAGUAUCCCCGGUCAACAUUUCAGACCAAAUCCUGGUGAGAACUUUGGCCAUUCUGGACAGAUACCUCAUCCUGAUGUGCCACCUAAUUUUGGUCCUGGAAACAAUUCAAAUUUCCCAAAUUCUCAGUUAGAGUCAAGCCACUCUUUUGUUCCUCCACCAAGCACUUACAACCAGACAAAAUCAUCAGCACAAAAGCAAGACUUUAGUCUAGGUGCAAGCAAAGCAUCCACUCAGAACACUACUGCUCUUCAGCAUCAUCACAGGACUGAGGACGUUGUGAGUCAAGGUAACAAUGACCUAAAAAAUGUUACUCGAAACAACGUGGUAAAUCAGGAUGGUAGCCAUUCUAAUAGUGCUGAUAACACUAAUGCUGGCCACUCAAAUGGGACUCAGAGUAAGUCCCGCCAGCCUCGAGGUACCGCUGAAGGAUGCAACUCUGAAAAGAGCAGCAAAACACCCCUUCAUCCCAGUCGGCAUGGUCACUCGUCCUCUGAACCCGUCUAUCCGUGUGGAAUUUGUACACAUGAAGUUAAUGAUGACCAGGAUGCAAUCCUGUGUGAAGCCUCUUGUCAAAAAUGGUUUCAUCGAAUCUGUACUGGCAUGACUGAGUCAGCUUAUGGCCUUCUUACAGCAGAAGCGUCAGCAGUGUGGGGCUGUGAUACGUGUAUGGCUGACAAAGAUGUCCAGCUAAUGCGUACGAGAGAGACUGCAGGGCCACCUGCACUGAAUACGGAUGGCUAACAGUGUCAUUUGGUGGUAGUGGCUGAGCUACUGUGAAGAUUUGGUUGUGAAUGGAGUACUUUCUGUUCUGAAGACAAUCAGUUGUGUUUGAUUGCUGUCAUAUUAUUUUCCCCUACCUGUUUUCGUUCAUGAAGUUCCAUCUCAACUUUUGUACUCUUAACUUUGCGUGCAAAUGUUUUACAGGGUGGAAUUUUUUUUGUUUCUGAUAACCAAUUAGAAAUAGGAUGUCUAUUGACAAUUUUAUUGAAGGCAAAAAUAGGCCUUUAUGAAUAGUCCCUGAUUUGUUAGUAUUAAUGUGUUAACUAACACUAGCAUUUACUACUCAUUUUAAUGGUACUGUACUUGCAAGUACUCAGUGCUUUUUUUUUUUUCCUUCUAUUGUUGAAUUUCCAUUACUGAUGUUCUUUUCCUUGAAUAUCAUGGAGAUGACAUGGAGGAAGCGUGCAGUACUAAUAGUUGGUAUUUUUUUUAGAAUAAAUAAGAGGGUUUUGUAUGUGUUUUUUCUCAUUUUUGAACUAAAGCAUUAACACAAUUCUAAAAUCAAUGCUUUCAUUCUUAAUAACACAGUGAAACCCACUAAAUCUUAUACCUUGAUAUUUCCUUGAAAAGGCAAUGAUCUUUUGACUUCUCAGCAAACACUUAAUUGCUGAGGAGUCUUACUAGGUCUUGCAAUAUAGGAAAUGGUUACAAAAUAUGAUUAUAUUGGAAGAAGCUAGGACAGAUCAAGUUGAUGAAGUCCAGUGCUUUAAAUCUAGAGAAUACCAAAACUAAGGUUACAUGUGUAGCCUUUCUUCAUUUAUCUUAAGCAUGUAUGUUAGGAUACAGCCCCUGUGCAGUCACGUAUCUCUUGCUCAUCCUCUCCUCAUUGGUGGCUCUAUCUUCCACCCUCAACGGUGAAUGGAUUUAAGCAGGAAAAGUUCUGCCCAUCUCUUAGAUGGGCAGAGCCUGCUUGUUCAUCCUGAGCUUACGCUGUCUGCUUGGCAAGAAGGGUGUGAGGCAAUGGAAUGUGUAUAGCACAGACUCUGAACUGCAAGAUAAUUUGACCAGCAAAGUAGUAACACUGAAUUCCCACCACUGCCUCAGCCAGUCUUGUAGUUGGAGGGAGAAAGAAAUGUAGAGCGAAGACAAAGAAAGCUCUCAGAUCUGAGAGCUUAGCUCACACCAGGAGCCAGCAAGUAGAAAUUGAGCAAACUUGAGAUCUUACAGACAAGUAUGAAAGGCACUAGAACUUUAGUGUAUGAUUCUAAGAAUUAUCCUUUAUUAUAGGCAGUUUGACCUUAUUCUUAUCUCAAGAAUACGCCUCCCCCCCAUUCUCCUUUUUUUCUUUUUUUUUUUUUGUGGGGGAGCAUCUAGCCUUGAUUGCUUUGGCCUUAGUUGCAUAUGCAAUUGAAAAUCAGUGUUUCUGUAGAGAAAAGUGGUGUUUUGACUUAAUGAAAGAUGGAACUGUAGUAAUAGGUGGCUUGUAGUGCUCACCAUUGUUCUGGAAACAUAUUAGCAAACGAUUGCUAAAAAAAACUAAAUGGUAUGUCAAAUAUUGCAGGUAGUGGUCAGGUUCCUUAGUGUGAUAGAAGGUGUUCAGAUCUGUGGUGAUGAGUGAUACAGAGGCCUAUAUGGAAUACAGACAUAUAUAUUUAAAGGCUAUUUUUAUGGUAAGCUUUGUUAAUGAGUGAAAAGUAAGGCUUAUCUGCUAGUUCACCGUUGUGUUUGAUUUUAAAUGAGCUCUAAUGUUAUACUGUCCUGAGAGAUACUCUGCAGGUGUACAUAACUGUCUUUCUUUUAUUUUAAUACUGAAGAGUUUUAUAUACCCUUCCAUUGGAGAAGUAUAGUAUUGCCCUUCCCUUUUAUAGCGCCUCUCAUCAGGAAAAAGGAGAUAAUAUCUCAAGUGUAAAUUACAUAGUCCUUAUCUUAAGGACUUCCUUUAUCAAGAUGUAAAGAAAGCGUAAGGCAGAUCCAGGGCUUUUGUUUUCAGUGCUACUUGCUUUAUUUCUGACACAGACUGAGCUUAGUCUUGUUUUGUUAGGGGUGUGAUAUUUAAAAAAUGAACUGCAGACCAACACGAAAACUAAAAUAGCUGAACAGACAAACCUUGCUGAUAUAGAUUCGUUCCUCUGGGAAACAGUUCCAUUUCUAUAGGAAUUUACAUUGUGAAGUUUGUAGUUCAGACUUAGAGGAAUGUAAAUGAAAUAAAAAUUUUGCUUAGUGACAGAAAGUUAAACAGAAGUUCCUUUGCUUAUAUUGUUAUCCACGCUGGUAGUCCACAGUAACAUUUCCACACCCCAUUUCAAUUAAUGUUUCAGUGUUUUGGAGCAGAUGCUAUUUAAAAUAGCUGUGUAUUUCUUGAAAUCUUUCAAUCCUAUUUCAAGUUAGGUGUUUUCUAUGUUAGUUACCAAGAUACUAGAAUUUAAGUAGUGUUCUUUUGAACAACUUCUUCUGGAAUAUAAUGUUGAAAGGCCUUAAAUCAUAUAUUUGUGAAACUUAGUCUAAAAAAUGUCACUUAUUUUCUAAACUGGGUACCAUGUUGGGUUUGUAUCCCACUGAAUUUACUGUGCGCAUUCACCUGCAAAUUCAAAGCAUUAGCAAAUGCCAGUUUAAAAACAUUAAGUAACAAACAACAAAAUCAAACUCGCUGUCAUCCUGAUCAUAGAGGUAGGACAGAUUAGGAUCUCAAAAACUCAUCUGGCCUAUAUGUUUAUCCUACUGGUAUGCUCUUGGCAUCCCUGGACUUUUUGCCUAGAGAUAGGAUUAUACUUUGUUUUUCUCUGCAUGUAUUGACUAGUAGUAGUUCAAGUAUGCACAGGAAAAACAGCAAUUGUGUUUUGUUAGUAAGUAUUAGAAAAAUGUCAGCUGGUUAGAAUUAGAAAUUA